AAGGGGAUAUUUAUUCCAUUACUCUCCAUUGCUGGCUGGGGAUACCUUCAUGAUAUCUAGACAUGGCACUGUUUUUGCGAACUGCGAAUGGGUUCAUUCGGGGUGGGAAGAGGGUAUGUACAGUAUCUCGAGAGUUUUAAUGACAUCACGGAAUGGAACUGAUAUUGGGCUUCAGCAUUCGUUCUUACUGGCGAGGGCCUUCACGUCUACCUCGGGGAGGUUUGAAAUUAAUAAAAGUGCCUCCCCAUCUCCUCCUUCCUCUUCGAGUUUCAGCUGACCAAAUGCCAGUAUACCCCUCAGCGGUGGAAGCCAUCAAAGACCUGAAAUCCGACACCACUCUCCUAGCCGGCGGCUUCGGUCUCUGCGGUGUCCCGGACACCCUGAUAAACGCGCUGCACUCCAAACCAUCCAUCAGAAACCUGACUGCGGUAUCCAACAAUGCUGGCGUCGACGGCUCCGGCCUGGGAGUCCUGCUUGCUUCCGGCCAGAUCUCGAAAAUGAUCGCCUCGUACGUGGGAGAGAAUAAGACUUUUGAGCGAAAGUACCUCACCGGGGAAAUCGAACUAGAGCUCACCCCGCAGGGCACACUUGCCGAGCGCUGUCGUGCCGGCGGGGCGGGUAUACCCGCAUUCUACACACCGGCAGCGUUCGGCACCGUAGUGCAAACCGGCGAAUUACCGGUCCGGUACAACUCCGAUGGCACCGUCGCAGCCUACAGCCAACCGCGCGAGGUCCGAGUGUUUGACGGCAAGAGCUACGUAAUGGAAGAAGCUAUCCGAGGUGACAUUGCCUUCGUCAAAGCCUGGAAAGCAGAUUCUCUGGGAAACUGUCAGUUUCGUUUCUCUGCUGCCAACUUCAACGGCGCCAUGGGACGGAACGCCACACUCACCGUCGUCGAAGCGGAGAACAUUGUGCCGGUGGGCGACAUCGAUCCGGCAGCUGUGCACCUACCGGGGAUAUACGUUGACCGCGUGAUUCAAUCCACAACCCCCAAAAGUAUCGAAAAGUUCACGUUCACUAAGGACGCUGAAGAGCAAUCCGCGACCUUGGGUACCGGGGAAACCGCCUCGAGGCGCGAACGCAUAAUCCGGCGCGCGGCGAAAGAGUUUAAAAACGGAAUGUACGCAAACCUGGGCAUCGGCAUGCCAAUGCUCGCGCCGACAUUCGUAGACCCAAGCAUAACCGUGCAACUCCAGUCCGAAAAUGGAAUAUUAGGACUCGGGCCAUACCCUCGCCGCGGCGGCGAGGAUCCGGACCUCAUCAAUGCCGGCAAGGAGACCGUCACGCUCGCUCCCGGUGCGAGCAUUUUCGGCUCCGACGAGAGCUUUGGCAUGAUCCGUGCUGGGAAAAUCGACCUUACGAUACUGGGCGCUAUGCAGGUGGGUAUGUACGGCGAUAUCGCGUCGUGGGCUUUGCCCGGGAAGAUUAAGGGCAUGGGAGGCGCUAUGGAUCUUGUGAGCAAUCCGGGAAAGACAAAGGUGGUUGUUACGAUGGAGCAUUGUGACAGGAAGGGGAAUGCGAAGAUUCUUGAGAGUCUGUUCCACCCCUCUCCCCCCCCCUUCGGACCUCGUUGUUGGAGGUGCAAGUGCUAAUGAUGGGGGUAUCGUAGAAUGCGCAUUCCCACUCACCGGCCGUACCUGUGUUUCCAGGGUCAUUACCGAGUUGGGCGUGUUCGACGUGGACUUUGAGAAGGGGCUUACGCUCGUUGAGAUUGCGGAGGGGGUGGAGGUUGAUGAGAUUAGGGCCAAGACUGGUGCACCGUUUUCUGUCUCCGAUGGCCUGAAGCCCAUGCUUUAGAAUUCUGUUUUUCUCCACGAGAGGGGGUAUUGUAUGUAAAUGGAAUUCGGGUUUCUUUAUGCUGUUUCGGUUUCAUUUCCUUCAACCGGCACAAAGGCGUCCCUGGGUGGAUAUGAAUGCUCGCCUUGCUGUAAUAUCAAGCAUAGGCACUAGAAUAAUAUUGAAAGAGAUUAAACACU